UCAAAAACAUCCAUCUACGUGUUCGUCCUCUGUGCAUCCCAAGCUUUUCAAUUGAGCUUAAAGCAUAUCUUCCUGAUCUACCUUCUCUUUUAUUCUCAGACCCCAAGAUGAAGCGGGACGACUAUGGCCAUGUCCCAUCUUCUUCUUCGGAAGAUCUUGUUUCUGAGACACAAAAUUUCUUCGAAGAAUCAAAGAUUGAUACCCAAUCGCGGAAGCAAAACAAAAGGAUGAUGCUUGCAACAAGUCUUAUCUUGUUAGCAACAUUCUUGAAUGUAAUCUGCCUCUACUUCUGGCUACGGCCUGGCACUGCCUCUUCUGCUUUGUCAACAUCAGAAACACCUAUAAUUUGGGACUAUUUCCUCAACGAUUCCAGUGGCAAACGGCUUCCAGAGUCUGUUACAAGGACAUAUUGGGAUUAUCACGAUGAUUUUCUGAACGAAAACCUGACAAUUGCACACGACUUCUGGGCCUCCCUCUUUCCGCCUGGCGAAGGACUUGUAGCUCUCACAGAUACAGAAGUGAGCGCAUUGCAAUUGCAUGAGUCGAAUCGCGCGUGGAAAGAACCAACCAAGCACAUCUAUCUUGUCGCUGUUUUCCAUCAACUUCACUGUCUUAGUGUCUUGCGUGCACAAACCAUCAAGCUUUGGCAAAAUCCGUCCUUUUCAAUCGCUGAUGCUACCUACCACCACACGAUGCACUGUGUGGACAUUCUGCGUCAAGGCUUGCUUUGCGCUGCCGACUCCACAUUGAUCUUCAAGACAAAUGAUAUCAAGUGGCCAGGAGAAGGCGGAAACGUGACUUGCAGGAACUUCGAGGCAUUGAAGGAAUGGACAUUAUCACGGGAUUAUGUGUCGAGUCCGAACGAGCCCGAAUUCCACGAUGCAUCCCCAAAAUUGUUGUAGAAAAGUAGAUGUUAUUGUUAAAAAGCGUACCG